AUACUGUUCGAAAAGUGCUGAGUCACAUUAAUAUUGGACUUUCAGAAGUUAGUCGCAAUAAAUAUUUAAAUUUGGUUGGAUCUUAUAACAACGAUUUUAUCUUGGUAUAUUGCAACGAUAUAGUUACAGUUGGUAAUAUUAAGCAAUUUGAAAAAAUAGUUGAAGCUUAUCCACAAAAUACCGUGGGUAUUAUUGUAACAUCUCAAAAAAGAUACUCAUUCAAUAGUUCGAAACGUGCAAAGUCUUCAAAGUCUUCAGCUAGAAUUUUAUUUACGAGUGUUAAUGAAAUGGCAACUGAUAUUCCAGUAUACUUUUUAUUAAGAAAGAAUUAUCAAUUUAAUUAUCAACAUAAACUUAUCGAAAGAUUCGAAAAAUUUGAAAAAAAGAUUAUAAUCUUGUUAAUUUUUUUAUUACUGAUGAUGGGAUAUUCAGUUAGGUAA